UCCAUUUGGAACCUCUAUAUAUUCUCCACAAGAGGAGCCCACCAUUGCCAUCCCUCCCGCAAACAAAAGACACCGGCACUGAGUCUCGAUGGGUGGGUGCACAAGCCGACCGGCGGAGGCAGCUGGCCCCCACCCCGAGACCCCGUCGGCCGUGGACUCGGCUGUCCCUGAGAUUGAGGUAAAGACUGUCGAAGGCGGUGAUGCUCAAACCGAGGCCGAGGCUGCAAAAGCUGAUGAGUCCCAACUCGUCGACCACUCUGAGCCGAAACCGGAGGAGCCCAACUCCCCAGCCGCCACAACUGGUGAAGAGUUGAAGCCCGAGUCAUCAGCGGUAGUGCCGGAAAAGCUCGAGGACAAGGAGGAUGCACCAAAGAAUGAAGUUGCAAAAGAGAGCAAAGAAGAGGAGAAGAGAUCUCAAGUUGUGGAUCACCCCUUGGCCGCCGCCACUGAGGGUUCAAAAACUAGCUGAGCUUUAUCAAGGAACAAGAGAUACAUGAUAAUCCGCCGUUCAAUUGGAGUAAAGAAGGAUGAACUCUUGUAUUGUAUACUUUUCUUUGUAAUGGAUUAAAUGGAAUUUUUCCUUCUCCUUCCAUUGUGCAAA